UAGAGAAAGUAUGCAAUGCAUACUGCUCUGCUACAACCCCCCACUAUACUGCAUCUGGGGUAUUCGUGACUGGACGUCUGGGGGGAUCACACACAUUUCCGAUUAGGAGGAGGGAGGGAGAGAGAGAGAGAGAGAGAGAGAGCGAGGGAGCGAGAGAGAGAGAGAGAGAUUACCCUUUCAUUCCAGCCAAUGAGACGGUCGAUACACUAAGAUUUUCAUAGUUGUGCAGGAGCACAAAGUGGAGUGAGUGUGUGUGAACUUCCAGGUAAAACUGCAAACCAACUUAAGCUCCUGAUACUCAACUCUGCUCCUCUUUAAGCCCUCGAGGCCGCUGCUCCAGGCUUUGAUGCCCACACAGUUUGAAGCAGGUGGACAGACGCAGGCAUGAGUAACAGUGGGACCAAAGAGCCAUCUCCUCAGCCAAGCACUGCCCAGUCACCUCCUGAGCCUCAGCGUAGGGGCAGAGGUCGACCAAGAAAACAGCAGCAGGAGCCUGUUGGACCACCAACUCCAAAGCGGCCAAGAGGACGACCAAAAGGCAGCAAGAACAAAGGCCCCAGAACUGCACUGAAGAAAGUAGAGCCCAUUGGAGAGAAGCGACCACGUGGGCGACCAAGGAAAUGGCCCCAGAAAGUAGUGCUAGAAGUAACUGAAGAACAGCAGGGCGCUUCAGAAGAGGCUGAGGAGGGUCCCUCGUCAUCUCAGGCGGCAGCACAGGAGGAAGGGGAGUAGAUAGGGCACCUCUCUACCUACCUCAAGGUUUGGCCUCAGAUAAACAGGGGUUUAAAUCUGACUCCUAUCUGUGAUGGGGAUUCAGGAACACACAGACACACACACACACUCAAAAGUAAUUGCAGUCAGUAAUUUCUUCUCCUGAUGUGAUACCUUGGAUUUGUUAUCAAUUUAAGAGUUUUGGAUUUUUGGUGAGCAAACUGUGUUUUAACAUUGGAGUAUUUGAUCUUUCAGUAAGGUUUAUUGAAUAGGAAUAGUUCCACUUUUUGGGAAAUGCACUUAUUCUCUUUUACUGAGACAUACCAUUUUCACAUAUAAAUAUGCCGUUCAUACCUGCAGCAUCUCUAAAGCUCGCACACAAAUAUUGUCUCAUUUCUGAAAUCUAAAAAUGUAAAAGCAGUUUUUGUGGUCUUUUUAGACGUGCCUGCUUCUCAUGUGACUUUAAGCAGUAAAGGAAAAACAAAAAGGGUGCAUUUUCCAUAAAAAUUUAACUAUUCCUACAAGUAUGCCAGCUUUCCUGAACCCCUUAGUGUGCAUGGUUGAGUGUGAGCGCGUGUGUGUGGCGGUUGCAUGGAGAGGGGACUGGGCUGCUGGCUGAAAUGAGACUGGUUAAGAAAAACAAAGGAACCAAACUGAAUUGUUUUUAUUGAAACAUGUUUCUAAAUCAAAUAUCACAAACCCUCGUAUGAAACAUCGUUACAAUAUAGACAUGGUGCGCUGAAGUCAUUAUUAUAAAAGUUGUGUGAAAGGUUUAAACUGAAAAUGAAAUAUCAAAUUAUUUGAGGGGCGGGGCAGGGGCGCCUUACAAAAAAAAAAAAAAAAAAAAAGAUUAAAUUGGAU